GAGAAUUGAGCGCGCUCUUUCUGAAGGCCUUGGUGAUGCGCUUCGCCGACCGUCCGAUCGCGCCCGAGGAGCGCCGCCCCGAACCUUAAGGCACCUCGCCCUCCUCCUCUCCCUCUCCUGUCCAGCUCGCUGCGAGCGAGUUGAGCUGUUCUCCGUGGGCAUCGGAAUUGCUCGCUUACAGAGCUUCUGACGUUUCUACUAGGGCUCUUCGUGGGUUCCACCCAAGGGGAAAAAGCCGUUUCUUUUCUCUAAAGAUUGAAGUGUGAUUUUCUGGCAGAUAUGACUGAACUGAUGGACCGACCUUCCAGACCCCGCUUCGAAGGGGUUCCUAGUCAUGAUGAUAAAAAAGUGCAUAAAUCAGAUCUUGAGCACUUAGAACAUGAAAAGUGGAAGAGAAUCGGAUCUUUGAAGAAAAUGGCAUCAAGUGCAUCAAUAAAAUUGAGACAAUCUUUCAGGAGGAAAAGUAGAAAGAAGUUUGACACUGUUAGUAACAUUGAGGAGCUACAAGCUAUUGAUGCUUUUCGCCAGUCAUUAAUUUUGGAGGAACUGCUACCAGCAAAUUAUGAUGAUCCUCAUAUGAUGUUGAGAUUCCUAAAAGCACGAAAAUUUGAUAUUGAGAAAGCAAAACAAAUGUGGACUGAAAUGCUUCGAUGGAGGAAGGAAUUUGGCACUGAUACAAUCACUAAGGAAUUUGAUUACAGAGAGUUAGAUGAAGUUCUUAAGUAUUAUCCGCAUGGUUAUCAUGGUGUAGAUAGGGAUGGAAGACCAGUUUACAUUGAAAGGCUUGGAAAAGUCAACCCAAACAAGCUAAUGCAAGUAACUACCAUAGAUCGAUAUGUAAGAUAUCAUGUGAAGGAAUUUGAAAGGUGCUUCAUGACUAAGUUUCCGGCUUGCUCAAUUGCUGCAAAAAAACAUAUUGAUUCAAGCACAACAAUCUUAGAUGUUGAAGGAGUGGGUCUAAAAAACUUCACCAAGGCUGCACGGGAACUGAUUAUGAGGUUGCAAAAGAUUGAUAAUGACAACUACCCAGAGACAUUGUUCAGGAUGUUCAUCAUUAAUGCUGGUUCAGGUUUUAGGCUUCUGUGGAAUACUGUGAAAACUUUUCUUGAUCCAAAAACUACUUCCAAGAUCCAUGUACUUGGAACCAAGUACCAAAGACAGCUUCUGGAAUUUAUCGACUCCAGUGAGUUGCCAGAAUUUCUUGGUGGUAGCUGUACCUGUACUGAGUUCGGUGGAUGCCUUGGAUCUGAUCGUGGUCCAUGGAAAGACCCUAAAAUAUUGAAGAUGGUGCUUGAUGGUGAAGCACAAUGCGCUAGGCAAAUUGUUACACUUCCAAACUAUGAGGGGAAGAUUGUUGCAUCUGAUGAGAUGCAUUACCCAGUUGUAAAAGAAAGUGAUGCAUAUAUUGCCAAAUCUAACUUAGUAGCUGAUGGCUCUUCUUCUAAAACCAAAAACAACCAUGUUCCUGUUCCUCAGAUGACAUCUGGGAAAGAGACCAGAAUGCAGUACAGUACUUCUGUUGGUUCUCCAAACCAUGAAGAAUCUGCACCAGUUGUUAAGGAUGUAGAUUCAGGUUGGAAGGGUCAAAUUUCUGGUCCAAUCUGCUCUCCCUUAAAAGGUGCUUUGUCAUUGUUUGACACAAGUGAUGCUCCAAAAAUGAGACAAGGUCAAACUGUCACAUGGCUUACUGCCUUCGUCAUGGCUUUUUGUACAUUACUUUUACCUGUCACCAGAUAUGGGUUCAGAAGAAAUAAGGAGUUUAAUGCUUGCAAUGCUGAAUUCCUAGAAGAUACUAUGCCUAAAGAAUUUCAUCCUCUAUCGCCCCUUAAAGUCAGAAAGGCAGAUGACCUUUCUUCUGUGUUGAAAAGGUUACAUGAACUGGAAGAAAAAGUUAUGAUACUUCAAGCAAAACCUUCUGAAAUUGAGUAUCAGAGACAAGAGUUGCUAAAUGCUGCAAUCAACCGUGUUGAUGCAUUAGAAGCAGAGCUUAUUGCCACCAAAAAGGCUUUACAUGAAGCUCUAAUUCGACAGGAGGAGUUGCUUGCAUACCUUGACCAGCAGAAGGAGGCUAAAUUCCGGAAAAAGAAAUUUUGCUUCUGAAUCAUCUCAACAAUGCAAAACGAUGCAGUAUUUCCAUUCCGCAGUUUGCAAAGUGCAUACAUGAUACGUGUAAACAUGUGUAUAUGUUUGGAUCUGAACCAAUUUUUAUGAGUUUGGGUUCUAUUGUGAGCAGAACAAAUUUGGAAGAGAUGCAAAUCUCAUCAAUUUCUAGUCUAUUCUAAAAUCAGCAUUGUGUUGACUAUAAAGCAUCAAGUUUGGACAGCACUAAACUCAAAAAAUUUUUGUAGUCUAUUGAAUUUUCCUAAAUGGAUCAACUAUAAAUUCCUG